AUGGCGACCACGACCCUCACGCCCACCUCGGCUACCACAGACACGCCCAAAUUGCUUAAGAAGAGCGCAGCCACACCCACCACGCCGCUGCAAUCAACCUUCGGAUGCCAGCACGUCAAGGCCCUCCUUCAAGCAGCUCGUCAGCCGGCGACCGACGGCUACAGUCGCAUAUUCCAAACGCUACAGAGAGAAGAUGGAUGUGGUGGCCGGACAUACAAGAGUAGCAAUGGCGGCAGUACCACAAUAGGCACUACAUACCUGUGUUUGCAGUGCCCUACAGUGAGCAGCAGUCGUGAGCGGCAUAAGAAGGAUCAUGCCUUUGCCGUCGAGUCCGACAAUGGUUUCAUCUUCUGCCACGACUGUCGAGACUUCGUAUACGACCCUACCUUUGAAGCGCUACGCACCAGCAGCUCGACCAAAAAGCGCAAGCACUCUCACCUGCCAUCCGAAGAACGCAAGCUCGUCUCAGCCAACACUGCGACAACGCCGUGCUCCGCCACUGGCCUUCGAGGCCUCUACAACAUGGGUCAAACCUGCUUCAUGUCUGUCGUCCUGCAAUCACUCAUUCACAACCCACUUAUUCGCAGUUGGUAUCUGAGCGAAGGCCACAAAAGCUCGGAUUGCGAGCGGGAAGCCUGUACCGCCUGCGCCUUAGAUGACAUCUUCACGGACUUCUACGGCGUCGAGAAGCACGAGGGCUAUGGCGCUGUACAUAUGCUCCAGGGCUGCUGGAAAGGUGGCGGUAAUCUCGCAGGCUACAGUCAGCAAGAUGCCCACGAGUACCUGGGUUUCAUCCUCAACAGUCUCCACACAGCUUUCAUUGAAGACGAAGAUGACGAUGACGACGCUAGCAUCGCAAGGAUGAAGAAAGAGAAGGACACGAAAGACUGUGAGUGCGCGAUCCACCAGACCUUCUCUGGCCUCUUGAGAUCAACGGUAACCUGCACCAAAUGCCGUAACACCACCACGGCCGUGGAAUCUUUCCUCGACUUGUCACUCGACAUCCGCAGUACCUCCGUGUCUGUAAAGAAGAAGAAGCUAGCCCUGACCAACGGCACGCAAACCAUCAAAGAAGUCCUGCCCAUGGACCUUUCGGAAUGUCUGGAUCGUUUCACGAGCGCAGAAACACUAUCUAGUGAUAGCUAUCAUUGCACCAAGUGCGAUCAAAACAGGGAGGCGAAGAAGAAGCUAAGCCUCAGAUGCUUGCCGCCUGUUGUGCCGAUACACCUGAAGCGGUUCAGUCAUAGCAAGACCUUGGCGCAGAGUUCGAAAGUGGACACUAAGAUCAGAUUCCCGCUCACAUUCGACUUCACUCCGUAUCUUGGGAGAGCAUCGACAGACGCGAAAAGCAAAGGUCUUAUCAAUGGGCACAAAGCUGCCGCAGUCAAAGGAGAGGACGAUGAUGCGGACGCAGAUGGUGAUGACGACGACGACGACGCUCCGAAAGCCAGAGAGCCUGACCCCGAGCCGCUGGAACCUGUCUACGAGCUUUCGUCUGUGGUGGUGCACAAGGGCAAGAUCGACAAUGGUCACUAUGUUUCUUAUUGCAGGCAGGGAGAGCACGAAUGGUUUCGCUUUGAUGAUAGUAUGGUUGUGCAGGUUGAUGAGAAGGAGGUCCUCAGUGCCGAAGCGUAUAUGCUGUUCUACGUCGCUAGAGGAUUCGGCAUAUGA